AUGGCUUCUCAUCCCUACCUCAAGAAAGUUCGUCGGUUGUUCUCUCGCAUGUUGUUUCCUAUUGGAGUUGAUCCAUUUCUUGCAGUAUUGAUAAUCGCCUUUUGGAUGUUUGCUGAAGAAGAUGGCUAUGUUGAUUACUUUGAAUGCAUAAAUGCAUUUAAUGGGUACAAUAUCUUGGUUAUGGUUGAUUCUGUGAGAAAGUUUGUUGUUGACCUUGUUCAUCUUGCAUCGAGUGACACAAAUAGCAGCUCUCCUAGUGCGAAAGAAGUUAUUGAAAGAAUUAAUUUCUACCUCAACAAUAUUUGCUCUGAGGCCUUGGGAGAUCUACUUGAAGAGUUUGAGAUCCAGGAUUUAAUCUAUGAAUAUGCUCAAGAUCAUGAUGAACAUCUGAGGGAAGAAAUUUGUGUUAGACUGGAACUCCUGCCUCAUCCAAAUAACAUUCCAAAAGAAGAGAGAACUCAUGCCUCAUCCAUUGAGGAAGAAACGGGUGAGGACUCAGGGAAGAAGCUCGAGCACCAGUAG